AUGAAGAAGCCUGGUUCUUCACGGCAGACCACCCUCGACAAGUUUAUUGGGAGGGCUUGCCCCAGGCCUCAGCCGGAGAGUCGAGAUGUGGAAGAACACAACCGGGAUUGUAAUGAGGGUGAUGGCAGAGUGUCCUCUGUUCAAAUUGAUACCGAAGCAGCUAAAACUUGGAUGUACCCAGUUAAUUUUCCUCGGCGUGACUAUCAAUUUUCUAUUACCAAGACGGCACUAUUUUCAAAUACAUUGGUGGUAGUGCCGACUGGACUUGGGAAAACACUUAUUGCAGCAGUAGUUAUGUAUAACUAUUUCAGAUGGUUCCCUGAUGGAAAAAUAGUCUUUGCUGCUCCUUCUCGACCUCUUGUUGUGCAACAGAUACAAGCAUGCCAUAAUAUUGUAGGAAUAUCACAAGAAUGGACAAUUGACAUGACAGGUCAGAUAAGUCCUACAAAAAGAGCAUCCUUGUGGAAAACUAAACGAGUUUUCUUUGUUACUCCCCAAGUGCUGGAGAAGGACAUUCAGUCUGGCACAUGCUCAAUCGAAUACUUGGUAUGUUUGGUGAUUGAUGAAGCUCACAGAGCAUUGGGAAACUAUUCUUACAGUGUUGCAGUUCGUGAGUUAAUGGCUGCACAAGUGCAACUGAGAAUUUUAGCUCUGAGUGCAACACCGGGAUCAAAGCAGCAGGCUGUCCAGCAAGUUAUUGAUAACUUAUAUAUAUCAACACUUGAAUAUCGCAAUGAAGAUGAUGCUGAUGUCAAAAAAUAUGUUCACAACAGGGAGGUAGAGUUGAUUCAGAGGAAAAAAACUUUUGUUGCAAUUAUUCUAGGUCGCAAUGGUCAAGAAGCUGUUGAGAUAGACAAUAAGCUCGUGGAAGCAAUGCGACCAUUUGCAACCAGGCUUUGUGCAAUUGGAGUUCUCCCAACUAGAGAUGUUCAGACUGUAUGGUUUCAGAAUAAUUUAAAUUCUAAUUUCCUCUAG